AUGCAGCCCAUGCGGGCUCAGUUUUAUGACAGCGUCCCGAUGCAUGAUGCGGAUAUCGUCCUAGUCUACCCCCAAUCCCACGUACCUAAAAGGUAUCAGAAGUAUGUUUCACCGAGUGUGAGGCGGGUGUAUCUGGACGAACACUCCGAUGAGGACCUCCAGAGGAAGAUCACCGAUGUUGAGGCACGGCUGGCGCAGGUCACAAAGGAGAAGAUGGAGUUGAGGAAACAGCUGGACGAAUACACUGCCAAGACUGCACAGGAGCAAGUCAAAUGCAAAGGGCAGUGCCAGGCCUACCAAAUGGCUGUGGUUCAGCACCAGCAGGCGCAGGGAUGCGCACGGCUCGAGAUCAGCGAGCUGCGGCAUAAGAAGAACGUCCUCGAAAGGAAAUACCGAAUACUUGAGGAGAGACGAGAGAAUGAUAUGAAGGAGGCUCGCGAGCGCUUGCAGGAAGAGCUCCGGAAGGCACUCGAGGAGGAACGCGCCAAGCGGGCGGAGGUCGCGAUGAGGCUGUCCAACCACAUUGAGAGCCUGCUCACAAUGCUCACGGAGGAACGAAAUGCGCACGAGCGGCUUCGUCUCAGCCAGGAAGGGUCGAUUAGGAGACUCAGUGCUCAACUAAGCGAGAGCAAGAGUCUCAAGCGCAAGCGCUCGCUGACCCUGCCCGAAUCACAGGAUACUGAGGAAGAGGAGGAGUCUGCGCCGAAGAGGCGCGCUAUCCGUCCUACGCCCCUUAGCCGUCAACACAUCGAGUUCCUCCCGAUACCCACAAGGCGCUCGGAGAGGCUCUCGGAGUCGCCGGCGCGUAUACAGCUGGAGUCGGGAUGGGAGGAGGCGUUGGCAGCGCUCGGUCACCAACCCGGCAGUAUUUCUGGUCUGACUCGCUUUCGGUCUGCAAUAAGGGGUCUGUGCGGGGAAUCUCAAUGA